GUUUCCUCCCAUUUUCUCUCCCGGGCCAGAAUUGAAUGACAUACGCGGUCUGUACCAUCCCAUGCUCUCAGUUUUUUGCUCUUUUCUGCUUCGGUUGAUUAUUGCGUUUCGUCACUUCUUCGAUUCUUCCUCUUCAGGAUUAUUAAUUUCUUAGAAGUUACUUCAAGCUGCUUACUCAUAAUUCCCGGAAUUUGGACGUUAAGAUUACAAUACGUAGCAAUAAUCUUGCUUUGCUUGGUGAAUUAGAUUUUGAGCCAUACUAUUAACUCAAGCAAGAAGCUCGUGAUGGUUUGGCAAUCUCUGUGGGAAAAUCGAAUAAGAUGAAGCACAGAGAACCACCCAAAUUUCCUUGCUUAGAGACGGAGAUAGACAGAAUCAGCAGCUUACCCGGGCAUGUUUUGGACCAAAUUUUAUCUCAGUUGUCAAUUAGAGAUGCAGUGAGAACUAGUGCUUUAUCUAGGAAGUGGAGGUAUAAAUGGGCUAAAAUUCCACAUCUUGUGUUUGAUAAUCAGUGUGUCCCAAAUCCCUCUCAAGAUCAAGCUCUCAUCAAGAAUAAACUUGUCAACAUUGUUGACCAUGUCCUCUUACUUCAUAAUGGUCCAAUACACAAGUUCAAACUCUCUCACCGAGAUCUUCUCGGUGUCAGUGACAUUGAUCGAUGGAUUCUUCAUUUAUCAAGAAGUUCUCUCAAAGAAUUCAUACUUGAAAUAUGGAAGGGCCAACGCUACAAAGUGCCAUCUUCUUUAUUCUCUUUUGAACAUCUGAUUCAUUUGGAGCUGUUUAAUUGUUUGCUAAAACCUCCUUUAACAUUCAAAGGCUUCCGGAAUUUGAAGAGCCUUGACCUUCAGCACAUUACUCUGACCCAGCACGUGUUUGAAAAUCUAAUUCUUAGCUGCCCUCUGCUUGAGAGGUUGACGUUGAUGAACUUUGAUGGUUUCACUCACCUUAACAUCAAUGCUCCAAAUCUUCAAUUUUUCGAUGUUGGAGGCGUUUAUGAUGACGUUAGUUUUGAAAAUACUAGUCAUUUAACUCUAGUUUCUAUUGGCUUGUAUGUGAAUGUCAAAAAUGACCGAAAUGUGGUUCAUGGGAAUUCCAGUAAGCUGCUCAGGUUCUUUGCUAACCUGCCUCACAUCCAAAGGCUUGAGGUUCAGAGUUACUUUCUGAAGUAUUUGUCUAUUGGCAACGUGCCAGGCAGAUUGCCAAAACCAUGCAUUGAUCUGAAUUACCUUUCUAUACGCAUAAAUUUCAAUGAUAUAGAGGAGAAUUCAGCUGCCUUGUGCCUUUUAAGAAGUUCCCCUAAUUUGCAGGAGCUGGAGAUGCUGGCUCGCCCGGAGGAACAGACUUCUAUGGUUCCAAUAGCUAACUUUUGGGAAGAUGACCAUUGGAACAGCUUAUUUGGCCAAUUACGACUUGUGAGAAUUGUUGGCAUUUCUGGUGUCCGAUCUGAACUUGAUUUCAUUAACUUUAUGCUUUCCAACUCUCCUGUUCUUGAGAGAAUGACUGUUAAACCGGCUUCCAGUGAUGGGGGAUGGGAGUUGUUAAAAGAGUUGCUGCGUUUCCGGCGAGCCUCUGUCCGAGCAGAAAUCAUUUAUCUUGAUCCAUAACUACGGUUAUAUAAUUUGGCAGCCAUUGACAUAAUGCAUUACAUGUAAAAAGAAAUGUGAAUUUGUGAGUAUACAUAACGCAUUAUGUCACUAAGGUCAGUUUGCUAUUUUCUAUUUGAGUAUAAAUGGCCUUGGCCUUGUAUAACAAACAAGCCUCAGCAGUAUUAACCGAAUUUCAUUUUGCUUAGAUGAAUAAUUAUCAAUUAAGUUUGUUUCUUUUCACUUC